GGUACAAUCCGAUCAGAUAUUCUAAUCUCAGAGUUUUGACGCUUCAUUUUUGUGUGCUUCUUUUGCUUCUGAGGGGCAAAAAUGAAACUCGCCAUCCUGUGCCUGUGCCUGGUGAGCACGGCCUGUGCUGUGCCUUUUCAGUACCUGCCACACUUCCCCGGCUCCAGACAGCAGCAGCCACCUGUACAGGGGAACAAUCCCUUUUCACCUGGUUUUCCACAACCUGGACUCCCAGGAGCUUAUAGUGUGGAACUGAUUUACCCUCACAGAUUUCCAGGUGGUACCACUGGUGGAGUUAACCCAACACAGCCCUUUUCCUCUUACGGUUUCAUAAAAUACUCCAUUCCUCAGCCACCAGGCAGACAGAGUUUAGAGAUUUUCUACCCCUAUGACUUCAGUCAGCAAAGGAUAGUGCAGCACCUCCCCCCCAUGUCAAACCAACCUGUAAUGCCAGAUGUUUUCCCACUCGAAUACCCCCCUCAAAACUUUCCUCAGCAAAACAUAAACAAGCCAAUAACUGAUGCUAAAGCUGUCCCCUCCCAGGAGCCUCUGCAGCCGCUCCUGCAGAACCAGCCCACACAGGAAAGCCAGGUCCCUCCAAAGGUGUAAAGGAGUUCUUCCAUCAUCAUCUGCAGUGAACCUGAAAGUGCUUGACAAAAAAUGAAUUAAAUGAAAGAUUUUCAUGAAAGAAAAUAAUAACAAAAAACAUGAAUAUUAGCAGAUAAAGGUUUGACUGAUUUACAUUCUUAGAAUGAUUUAUUUAAAAAAAAACAACCUUUCGAUUCCUUUUUCCCAUUGAUUAUUAACAGUAAGCUGUUGUAGGUCUGCGGACUGAGAUAUAUUUUUUUCCCUUUUUUGUAAACAGUGUUUGCUGCACUGUCACAGUAACUGCAUUUUAGUUCACAUUGUCUCCUGUCCUACUGUGUCAUUUUCUUUAAUAAACCAACACUUUGAAGCAUUUCCCUUAUGCUUACUGUUUAUUGUGAAACAAGUUUGGAAGCUGCUUUUAGUUUUAAGUGAAUGAGUGAAACUGAUUCUCAAAGAAAGUUUGCUUGUUACUGUAUGUGUGGUCAACUGUUCAACACAGGAAUAUAAAAGCAGUAAAUGGAGAAGUGUAUUCCACCCUGCUGAAAUAUUAUUUUACAAAUUCAUCCAAAGGAUAUAAAAGUUUAUGAUUAAAAAAAAUCAUAAAAUGAGGGUAAAGUGUUAAAAUUCAAUUUAAUCAAAUCAAAGAUACUUACUUUGCUUACCGGUGGAUCAUCAGUAAAUCAAUACAACACACAUACACUCAAUAAAAUAUGGACAGUAUACACUCAGACCUACUGAAAUAGUAAAGUUUAUGUUAAAAAAAAAUGCUUAUGACUAAACAGUCAAAUUAAUGAAUUCUGUGUUUAGGGCCAAAUACACUGCUGUGAAAACUAAUCCUAAAACAUGAAGACACUUCAUUGAGACUCUUCUUCUGCCCCCUGGUGUUCAAUUCUUAAAGAAAAUAAAACAAAACUAACAAAAAAA